GUCGGUGUUGCUGUGCAUCUUUGUGAGCAACCCGGUCAAGAUGCCAAAGAUAUGUUGCUGGCUAUCGCGUUACGAGACAUUUGCUUACAAAUCCGCCCUUUUCAAAAUCCGGAGGAAACGUGGGUGUCGCGUCUAACUCAUCUAUUCAAGCUUCAAAACUAUUCCAGUAGAGGUAACGAACCUCCUACUGUGAAGACUGAACUUCAUACGCAUCUAGACAAUGUUUUAUUGGCAUAUGAUCAUGCUUGGACGAAACCUGAUAGUAGCGUUCAAUUGAGGCUGGUUAUCGGAGAGGCUGACAUCAACAGCUCGAUAGCACAGGAUAUGGAUGUGGCCAAGUGCAACUACACCUGUGAUGCUGUCGAAACAGAAGGACGAGCACCACUUCUGGAUUUUCGUGGUCUGAAUGGCACUAUUGAGGAACACUUUGCUCAUCCAUCAUUGAAUUCGCCGUGGACUGGUCGCACUCGCGCACAUCCUCAAGAUGAUGAUGAGUUUUGUGUACUGGACACUGACACUGGCGCCAUCAAUUCUGCCAGCAAACCGCACAUAAAGUACAUAGGCACACAAGCAUAUCCAGACAUCACAGUAGACAUUGAUUACCAGCAUUUUCCUUUUCCAAGGGAUUGUGACGAGUUUGCUGCUUUGUUGGCUAAAUCUUCAAAUCCUACGGUGAGGUGA